UGUUUCUUUUGAAAUGUUUAAAAAUCAAUCACUGCAACAAACGGUCAACAGCAGGGCCAAUUUGAAUAUGGAAAUGGUUUUUCAAACCUACUCCUUUUGCUUCCCAUUUUACUCAGAAACAACAAUGAAGCUUUGAUGGAGGACAAGAAAGCAAACAUAGUUGCUGUUACGACGGUGAUAGCCCUCAUCAUUCUUAUCACUGUUUCUCGUGUCUUUCUCAAGCUGUCCAAGGCUUUCUUCCUCAUUUGCGGGGCAGGUAUUGCAGUGAUCCUUGCUGUCUUUGCAUACCUUAUAAUCAGACGCCAUUACAACCGCCGGAGGAUGUUGAUGGAGUCAAGAUUGGUCUCGGAAGGCCAAGAGCUUCGUACAGAAUAUAGUUUUCUCAGGAAGGUUGCUGGGGUUCCGACAAAGUUCCGAUACAAGGAUCUGGAGGAAGCAACGGAUCAUUUCCAGUCAUUGGUAGGCCAAGGAGCUUCCGCAACGGUUUUCAAAGGAGUCCUAAACGACGGCACUGCGGUUGCUGUGAAAAGGAUUAACAAUGGAGAGGAGCGCGGCGAUAAGGAGUUCAGAUCAGAAGUUGCAGCCAUUGCAAGUGUACAGCAUGUAAAUCUCGUCCACCUUCUUGGCUAUUGUUGCAGUCCUGGGAUGCCUCGCCUUCUUGUUUAUGAGUUCAUCCCAAAUGGUUCGUUGGAUUGUUGGAUUUUCCCAGGAAGGGGAAACCAGAACCGGCGUGGCGGGUGCUUGUCGUGGGAGUUAAGGUACAGAGUUGCCAUUGAUGUUGCCAAGGCGCUGUCUUACCUCCACCAUGAUUGCCGGUCAAGGGUCUUACACCUUGACGUCAAGCCAGAAAAUAUUCUCCUUGAUGAGAAUUACAGAGCAAUUGUGGCGGAUUUCGGCCUCUCCAAGCUUAUGGGAAAAGAUCAAAGCAGAGUAUUAACAACAAUCAGGGGAACCAAAGGCUACUUGGCGCCAGAGUGGCUAUUGGAGCAGGGAGUUUCUGAAAAAUCCGACAUCUACAGUUAUGGCAUGGUUCUUCUAGAGAUGAUUGGAGGACAGAGAAAUGUUUGCUUGAUAGAAAAUGCUGAAAACAAGUCUGAUAGGAAAUGGCAAUAUUACCCAAAAAUUGUCAACGAGAAAAUGAGAGAAGGGAAGCUGAUGGAAGUUGUUGAUCGAAGGGUAGUAGAAGGUGGAGGCAUUGAUGAGAAGGAGGUGAGGAGAUUGGUUUGUGUAGCUUUGUGGUGCAUACAGGAGAGGGCUAGGCUGAGGCCAACCAUGGCUCGUGUGGUUGAGAUGCUUGAAGGCCGGGUCGCCAUCGACGAGCCGCCGAAUACCCGAAUGAUUAUUGUUGAUUUAUUGUCAAUAGAUGAAGAAACACCAGAUGGUCAUCAUAACAGGAGAAAAAUUACUGCAAUGGCACCACACUUAGUUGACUGUAAUCUUGCUUCUACAUCUACAGGCUCAUUUGCCAUGUCAACUGUAUCGCCAAGGUAGCUCCAAGAAUGAGAAAGCUCUUGGAUUCUUAAUUGAUGUAGUUUAAAGGUAUUUUCUUCAUACUUCCAAGUUUACAUUCUUGUUCUUGGGCAAUUCUUUGCACAUAGAGUAUGAUGACUUGUUCAGUUUGUCCACAGAGAAUAAAUUUUGAUAGAUUAUCUACAUAGUUAGAAUAUAUUUGAAGUAAUCUUUUGGGUAAUGAUUACCCCAGAAAACAA